AUGAAAUACGGCGAACAGCUCGAGCAGGAAUCUGUUCCAGAAUGGAGUUUACAUAACGUCGACUACAACUCACUCAAGCACGAGAUCAAGGUUCAUACGAGCCGCGAUCAGGCGACCGCAAUCGCCAUCCCCGGUCAUCAAGAUGCUGCUCUCAAGCGAUUCGAGGAUAAUCUCUACCACGAGCUUUGCCAACAGCACGACCGGGUUGACCUUUUUGUUUCCAGCAAGGCGGACGAGCUUUCGCGUCGACUGCAAUACAUUGCCGAUCAGCUUCAAAAGUUGAUUGUUAAGUGUGCCGAGGAGGGCGACCGUAUUUCUAUUAAGCGGCACCGCCGGUUCGCCAAGUACGAAAGGGAUCUGCUUCGUUGCGGAGAAGAAACACUUGCGCUCGCUCGUUUUAUCAACGCCCAAAUUACAGCUUUCCGGAAGAUUACGAAGAAAUACAAGAGCUUUACCCGUCGCGACCUGGAUAACCUCCAGACCCGUUACGAGGAGUUGCUUAAUACUCUCCGCACCUCCACGCCUCAAUUGAGCGAGCCCAGCUCGCCGUCCUCUGACGAACAGACACCCACGAGGCGAGGGUCUACCGCAGAGAGUUUCUUCACGCCUUUGCCACCUGCAGAGCGAAUGCCUCGGAGGCCCAUCCAGCAGCAACAGCAACAGCACUAUUGGAACGAGUAUGACGAUGGCAGUGAGAAUGGUGGCCAGGAGGAGGAAUACGCCAUCUAUAUCAACCCCGACGCAGACAUGAGCUUUCCCGGCCUGGACUCGAUGCGCGCAAUUCUUGCCGCGCCCUUCCGUCACGCCAAGACAUGGUUUUCACGGCGGCAGAAUCCUGAAGGGCAGCGACUAUUGGGCAGCGAGCCCUUCCUUCAGAGCUACGGCGGCAUUUCACCACUUGGAACGGAUACUGACGACGAGUACGCGAGCUCUGACGGCAUGCCUACGAACGGGUACGCCACACAUUAUGCCACGCUACCCAGCAUCAAUGAGCAGCAAGUGCGGCGGUACCGCGAGCGCGUUUUGUUCUGGGCGACCAUUGGCUGUUUCGGCGUAUCUUUUCUACUACUACUUGUGGCUGGUAUCCUCAUCUCAACGGGUCGCCACAAGCUCCGCGCAGAGGUCGACGCUGGCGUGACAGUUGGCGUCGUGGCCAGUCUCUUCAGCGCCUGCCUCGCCUUGGGCAUGUCGCUUUAUCGGCACGACGACUUGGGCAUCUGGCAACGUGUGGCCGUGUAUAGCAGCUUUUUCACAGCCUGCAUGCUCAAUGGUAUGCUGCUCAUCCUCGUUGUGGGGAAUGCGGCAUAG